CAAUAAUAUUAAUAUGGCCAACGUGCAUAGGAUCGGCGAUUACCAGGAUAAUGAGGCCAAUCCAGGCCAGAGACAAGCCAGAAUGAGAGGCGGAGGUGGAAUGUUCGGAGGUGACCAACAGAACGAAGAAGACGCUAGGAGUAAUCCUCUGAUCAAGGCUUUCAUGAGUCAGAACAGUACUCCUCCGAGACAGGAAACAUUUUGGACAAUGCUAAAGAUUUACUUCUGACCAACGUUUACAUGGAAAACAUGAAUAUUUGUGCUUACCUUUGUGAACGUCACUAUGUUUAUCAUCUCUAUUAUAAUGACUGAUGGCUUUACUGAUGAUGCUUUUCUUGGAAUCAAAGCUAAGACUCUUUGCAAACUUGGAGCUAAAGAUGUUGAUUUAAUUCAGCAAGGCCAAAUUCAUAGAUUUGUGCUUCCAAUUAUUCUACAUGUCGGGUUCCUUCACAUUGUUAAUAACUCUGUAUUUCUUUUAGUUAUCGGGUCUAUAUACGAAGUGCUUAUUGGUCCUCUCAGAUUUCUUGCUGUCUACAUUGUAGCAGGAAUAGGAGGAAAUUUAUUAAGUGCAUUGUCAAAUGACACUAUUUCAGCCGGCGCCAGUACAAGUUUAUCAGGACUUGCCGGAGGAUUAUUGGCAUUUUUAGUUGUAAAUUGGGUAGCAAUGGAGUCAACAAAACAGAUUAGGUGUUGUCUCCUAUGAUUAGUUAUUAUGGUUACCUUUAUCACAGUAAUGCUUGCAUUGCUAGAUCUUUCUACAAAAGAAAGUAAUAUUGACAAUCUUGGCCAUCUAGGAGGAUUUUUCACUGGAGCUUUGUUUGCUCUUGCAAUUACUCCAAUAUUACAUACUUCGGUGAAUAGACAUAGAAUGCCAGGAUGGACAUAUGAAAGAUUAUGUAAGGUAAUUGGAGGAGCUCUAUGCUUUCUCUGGUUUGUGAUAGGAAUAUCAAUGCUUUACACUCAAAGACACCCAAAAGCUCAAUGUGCGUUAUUCAGAAUGGUAAAAUAAUUUUAAUUCAAUUGGGCAUAAAAA